AUGGAUGAUGCAUGGGAUGAUGAAGAGAUAAUUGCACAGAUCAUUGGAUUACAGUGUGAGGUAGAAUUGAGUUCCGAAGACGAGUCUAAUGUUAAAGAAGAUAGAAUAAGUUUCAAGGAGGGAGAAACCAUUCUCAACCAAGCGAUAUUAUUCUUAGAGCA